GUGCGCAUGAAUCCUUGAUGACAGAAUGGAAUAUUCAUCAAGCAUACACAUAGGUUUUCGCGCGGUGAGAAAGUUAUAGUUACCAAAUUCGCCCUUAUUCAGCAACCUUAGCAGCUGGUGGCUGGUGGCUGGUGGGACAACCGGCAAGGGAGCCACUCUCUGUGGCUCAGUUGGUUAUGCGGCAUCGCAGAAAGUUAGUUGACCAAGCGGUUGGAGCUGCGGGAGAGCGUGAAUACCGGAAGGCGGAUCGGUGUUAUCGAUUGCAAGGUAUAUUGGGGGUAUACGGUUUGGCAUAGCGGGCUCGAUUAUCAAAGCCGGCUGCUUGUCUAGCCAUUCACUGGCUAAUCUGUGCAGUGCGAUCUCUUUCCUGCUCCCACCGCACAUCAUAUUUUGUGAGUCAGCGGGGUGACCAUAUUCUGCACCCCGAAGCUUCGAGCGACCGCGCAACGGAGGCCUGUUUCUUUAGCAAUGGUUUCUGCGCAAGGCCGCCGUGGCGGCGGAAACGCCGAUCCGUUCCAGGGAUUUAUAUCAGCAGAUGAAAGAGAAGAGUUACUCCAGGCAGUUGUUCUAACCGAUACCUUUGAGACGCGAUUUGAGCCUUUUACCCUUGAGAAGCCAAGAUGUCUCUUACCUCUUGCAAAUACGCUCCUGAUCGACCAUACCCUUGAGUUCUUGCUCAAUGCGGGAAUUGAAGAAGUUUUCAUUUACACACACGCGGAUUGUGAUCUGGUUGAGAACCAUCUGGACGCUUCGAAAUGGAAAUCUUCCCUCUCUCCUUUUAAGAAGUUCAAGAUUCUGAAAACGACGGCUACAUCGGUUGGGGAUGUGAUGCGGGACCUUCACGGUAAGCACCUUAUAGCAGGGGAUUUUCUGCUGGUCAGCGGCGAUGUAGUCAGCAAUAUGCCUGUUGAAGAAGUAUGGGCGCAGCAUCGGGCACGAAGAAUCGCCGACAAGAACGCAAUCAUGACUAUGAUUCUGCGUGAAGCUGGACCGUCGCAUCGAACAAAGGCAUCUCCGACUUCCCCGGUGUUCAUCAUUGACCCGACAAAGGACCGAUGUUUACAUUAUGAAGAAAUCCGCCGCUCCCAGACCGGUCCGAAAUCGUCCUAUGUCAGCAUCGAUCCAGAUCUGGUGAAGUCGUUCCCAGAAAUUGAUAUCAGAAACGACCUAAUUGACUGUGGUAUUGAUAUUUGCACUCCGGAAGUUUUAGGUCUGUGGGCCGAUAGUUUCGACUAUCAGUCUCCGCGCAAACAUUUCCUCUACGGCGUGUUGAAGGAUUACGAGUUAAACGGCAAGACUAUCCAUACGCACAUUGUUAAGGACCAUUAUGCCGCCAGAGUACGAAAUCUCAAAGCCUAUGAUUCUGUAAGCCGAGAUUAUAUUUCGAGAUGGGUAUACCCGCUCUGUUCCGAUGCCAACUUGUUCACUGGUGACUCGUACAGAUUACGGCGUGGCAAUGUGUACCAAGAGGAGGGUGUGGUUCUCUCAAGGUCCGCGAUAAUAAAGCAGCGGACAAUUAUUGGCACAGGAACAAAUAUUGGCGAAGGGACCUACAUUACGGACAGUGUAAUUGGUAGACGCUGUCGUAUCGGAAACAAUGUCAUCUUGGAUGGUGCAUACAUUUGGGACGACGUUGUCAUCGGCGAUGGGACUGAGAUUCGACAUGCAAUUGUGGCAAAUGGGGUAGUAAUCGGAAGCAAGUGUCGGGUUGAGCCCGGAGUACUCCUUUCAUAUGGAGUGAAAUUAGGAGACGAGGUUUCAAUCCCGAGAAGCAUGAGGAUUACCAAGCUACAACAAGAUGAGGCAAGGACUACUUCCGAACUUCUUGGAAAGGAUUGUGAGGGCUACGAAUUUGUUCAUGAGUAUGAAGAUGAAGAAGAAAGUGACGAUGAACUUGCCAUGUCUGGACUAUUGUAUAACAUGGCAGAACUCGCAUUAUCGGAUGCGUCGAUUUCCACCCUUGCAUCUGAGUUAUCGGAAGAUGAAUACGCUAUGUCAAGGCAGCGAGCGGACAGUUUUGGCACGUCAGUGUCCGACGAUGAAGAAAGGGAUCAUUUCCAUCAUGAUGCGGUUGUUAGUAUUGUUGACAGCCUUAAAGAGGGCUUGAGUGCCGAUGUUGUGCAGCUCGAACUCGUCGGACUACGCAUGAGUGCCAAUGCGUCAGAACAUCAAGUCCGACGGGCAGUGGUAACAGCAUUCAUGAAGCAUGCACAGCGCCAGCUCGAAGAGGGCGUAAGCGCCGGAGAGGCAAUCAAGCAGCUUCUUACCAAAUACAAGGAAAUGCUUGCCCGGAUUGUGUUUGAUCGGGAAACUGAUGAGAAGCCGGACCAAGUUGACUUGCUGCUCUUGUUCCAGCAGGACCUCGUUGAGCGGAGCAAAGGGGGUACAAUCCUUUUGUUUGUUGCAAAGGAGCUUUAUGAUUUGGAAAUAGUCGAGGACGAGGCAUUUGAGCAAUGGUGGGACAACGAGCGGUCAACGGCUACUGAGGCAUUGAAGAAAGUUAGGCAGCAGACUCAGCCCUUUAUUGACUGGAUGAUGACCGAGGAGAGCGACGAAGAAGAGUCUGAUGAGGAAUCGGGUGAAGAAGAAGAAGAAGAUGAUGAUGAUGAGAGUGAAUAAAGUUAUGAAAAAACUUUUUGCAUUGACAUAAAAUGUAUUGGCAUUAUCAGAGAAAUACUCUUGUUGUUGUUCAGUCUCUAGAGGCUAUAUAAAUUCCUUGCGAUUCCUGAUGAG